AUGAUAAGAUCGUGUAUUCUGACAGUUCUGAUCUUCCUACAACUCUUAAUUCGAAUCUCUUGUGAUUGCUUCUCCAGCAAUGAAUUGGAGAUCAAUGGGAAGUGUUUGGAGUUCAACACAGCACUUCGAAACUAUGAAAACGCUUCGACUGAUUGUAUUUCACGAGGAUAUCAUCUAGUCAGUAUCCACAGUCAACGAUUCAAUUAUGCCAUCGGAAAUGCCGCAUUCUAUCGGUUCAACCGACUUGGUGCUCGUUAUUUUUGGAUUGGUUUGACUAAAUCCUCUACCACCGAUCAGAAUAGUUAUAAGUGGAACGAUUCGACGCCGUUUGACUAUGGAAAUUGGUAUUCGGGAUCGUCGAAGAAAUAUGAUUUUGUUGGGGUGGAUUUUGGAAAUUCGUAUUGGACGAAUUUGCAAGCUGGCGAGAAAUUGCCUUAUGUUUGUGCCUAUGGGGCUAUUGGGGCAACAACAACGAAAAUAGUUCAAGAUGCUACUACUGUAGAACCCGAAUCGACACCAAAAAAUCAUGAUUCUACUACUCCAGUAAGCCAUUCCCCAACCACCGUAGUUCAAGAGUCUACAACAUCUGGAGAAGUGAUUUCAACAACAUCAGUUCGGGAGUCUACAACAACAAGAGAUCUGGAUUCAACGACUACAGUAGUUCAGGAUUCAACAACAACUUCAUUUGAAAGUUCUACUACGCCUGAUAAAUUCCAUUCAACAACACCACAAAAUCAGGAUUCCACGACAACCGUAGAACUUGAAUCUACAACAGUAAUCCUGGAUUCGACAACACCAGCAUAUUUUGAUUCAACAACAACAGUAAACCAAAACUCUACUAUACCAGUCUCAACAACAACUUCAUUUGAAAAUUCUAUUACUCCAGUAAACCAGGAUUCAACAACACCUGAAGAUUUCGCUUCUACAACAACUGAAGGACUCGAAUCGACAACUUCAGGAGAUUUUGAUUCUACAACCACAGUAAAUCGGGAUUCAACAACAUCAGGAGAUUUCGAUUCUACAACCACAGUCAGCUCGGAUUUGACAACAACUGUAGAACUCGAUUCAACAACGUCAGGAGCUUUUGAUUCUACGACAACUGUAAAACCCGAAUCUACAACCCCUGGACAAUUCGAUUCAACAACAUCUGGAGAUUCUGAUUCGACAACAGUAGUUAGGGAUUCCACGACAACUGUAACAACAGAUCUAGAUUCAACAACACCUGGAGAGCUGGAUUCAACAACACCAGUGAAUCAGGACUCUACAAUAGUAGUUCAAGAUUCUUCGACAACAGAAGCUGGAGAUUUUGAUUCUACUACAACUGUAGGACUCGAUUCAACAACACCAGUGAAUCUAGAUUCUACAACAUCUGGAGAGUUGGAUUCAACAACCACAGUAGUUCAGGAUUCCACGACAACUGUAACAGUAGAUCUCAAUUCUACAACACCUGGAGAAUUCGAAUCGACAACAACAGAACUUCCGGAUUCAACUACAACUGUAGAAAUUCAUCCAACAACACCAGCAGACCUGGAUUCAACCACAUCAACUACUUCAAAUUCAAGUACUUCUAGUCAACCUCGAGCUGUCAAUUGUGAUUUGAAUGAUAUUUUGCUAGACAAUCGCUGCUAUUCAUUUAUCAAAGACAAAUUAAAUCGAGAAGAUGCGACCAGAAAAUGUCAGCAAAUUGGAAAAACCUUGGCGAUUUUCGACGAUUUGAAGCAGAUUAAUUUUGUCACUUGUAAGUUCAUGGGAAAAAUUUCUGAUUGUGAACUCAAGAAUUUCCAGCAUACUCCCAAUCCCAAUUCGCCAUAACCUAUGGCAAUUUCUGGAUCGGUUUCCAACGCGACAAACAACUCACAUCUUCUUCCUAUUAUUGGCAAGAUGGUUCAACAAUCGAGGUGACUAAUUGGCUCUUCGGCUAUCCGCAUUCUAAUCAAUAUUUUGUUGCGCAAGACAUUUCGAAUGGAAAAUGGAAAAAUGUUGUUGAAACUGAAUUGCUGCUAUCUGUUUGUAGUGGAGCUUUUUGA